GCGCGCGCGAGUCACUCGGGCGGCCGGGGGCCGCCAUUUUGCUCCAGCGAGGGAGAGCAGCCGCGAGCCAAGUAGUGCAGUCCGCGCCAUAUAACCGCAAUUUGAGACCGAGUGUGACCGAGACGAGCGUGCGAACGACCUCCUUUCUUCCGUGGCCGAAUCGUGCGCGAUCUUACGCGUAUACUGCGGCCGUCGGGGCGUCGGGCGGGCGGGCGCGCGCGCGGUUAACACCAGUGCCCGUAUCCGUGCGGAUACAUCGCAUCGUGCCGCGGCACAGGACCCGGUUAGACGCCAAGUUUCGCCGCGGCAGCCGAGUGGGAUCGUCGUGCGGCAGCGUCGCUGGGCAAGCCUGGAUAUUCCGCGAAUAAGACGCAUCGGAGCAACGCCGUUGUGGCCGCCGACCCAGUGCAAAUACUUCAACUAGCCGUGGACUUGGGAAAAUACGACGACGCGUCGGAGCCGAGGAAUACAACAAGGGGAGAGUGAGUCGCCUCCGACAGGAGACGGUGUCCACUGAGCCGUGAUGCGUUGGAGAUUCGGCGGUCCCUGCCCAAAGACCGACCAGCAGCCAGUGUUACAGAAGCAAUUUGUGUGACAAAGCAUAAAAGGGAAGCGAGUGCGGAAUCGUCGUUGUUGUUGUAUUUGGACUGUAACACGCGUGCCGCUUGCGAGUAUCUCUUGCAUUACCGCAGCGAGUGCCGUUGUACUCGUCCUGAGACUCGUGUCGCUUGCCGCCUCUGCUGCGGGACGCGAGGACGAGGUGGUGGAGCAGCAGCAGCAGCAGCAGAAGAAAAAGAAGAGAAAGAGGAAGAAGCAGAAGCAACAGCAACGUGCCGAAGGAGUGACACUGGGGUUGGUUAGUGACACUGAGAGCGCAAGUGAAAACUAUAAAAAUAGGGGGGGCUGUCUGACCGAUGGACAAACGGAAGAUGAUGUCCAAACGCCCUCGUAUGGAGAACCUGAGGGGUCCGAUCCAGAACGGACCAAUUCAGACGCGACCGUUAGUGGCGUUGCUCGAUGGACGGGACUGCUCGAUUGAGAUGCCCAUUCUGAAGGAUGUUGCGACGGUGGCAUUCUGCGACGCUCAAUCCACCUCAGAGAUUCACGAAAAGGUACUAAACGAGGCGGUAGGUGCGUUAAUGUGGCACACCAUCAUUUUGACGAAGGAGGACCUGGAGAAGUUCAAGACGUUACGGAUCAUCGUAAGAAUCGGCUCAGGAGUCGAUAAUAUCGAUGUCAAAGCAGCGGGCGAGCUUGGCAUCGCUGUGUGCAAUGUGCCUGGCUAUGGUGUCGAAGAAGUAGCUGACACCACCCUCUGCCUCAUUCUAAAUCUCUAUCGGCGCACGUACUGGCUGGCAAACAUGGUGCGCGAGGGCAAGAAAUUCACAGGACCAGAACAAGUAAGAGAAGCGGCAACCGGAUGUGCAAGGAUACGGGGCGAUACUCUGGGUAUAGUUGGAUUAGGCAGGAUCGGAUCAGCGGUAGCGUUGCGUGCCAAAGCUUUUGGCUUCACCGUCAUUUUUUAUGAUCCCUACUUGCCGGACGGAAUCGAGAAGUCGCUAGGUCUCACCAGGGUUUACACGCUACAGGAUUUGCUAUUCCAAUCAGACUGUGUAUCUCUACACUGUACCUUGAAUGAACACAAUCAUCAUCUAAUAAACGAAUUCACUAUCAAACAGAUGAGACCAGGAGCAUUUUUAGUCAAUACAGCGCGAGGUGGUCUAGUGGACGAUGACGCGCUAGCCGGGGCGCUCAAACAGGGUAGAAUCCGCGCUGCGGCAUUAGACGUCCACGAAAACGAGCCGUACAACGUCUUUCAGGGUCAGUCCGCGCAAUGUCCAUUGAAAGAUGCGCCCAAUCUUCUUUGCACACCACAUGCCGCAUUCUACAGUGAUGCCAGCUGCACUGAAUUACGUGAAAUGGCGGCCAGUGAGAUCCGACGAGCAAUAGUCGGUCGCAUUCCCGAUUGCCUGCGGAACUGCGUGAACAAGGAGUACUUCCUGUCUUCGACCGGCAGCUACCCCGAGGGGAUCAACGGCGGAUACUAUGCUGGCGCACUACCCGUGCAACAGGCGCACUCAACGACUCCUCACGAUUCAGCGCCCCCACCACCCGGCGGGCAUUCCGUCGUCGGCGGCGGAGGCGGCGGCGGCGGGGCCGGUGGCGGCGGGCCCAACUCGUCGGCGGGCGGUGCCGGCGGCGGCGCUGGCGGGCCGCAGGGCCCCGCGGGUCCAACGGUAGGCGGCGGCGGUGGGGCCGGCGGCGGUCCCGCGGCAGCGCCCCCCACCGCCGGCCUGACCGGAUUACCACACAGCAUAGUGAGCGAGCCCGACCCCCGACCGAGCCCGCCCGCCCCGAGUCCCCGUUGACCUUGAACCCCUUAAAUGAGAGAAAGAAAGAAAGCGAGAAAAAAAGAAAUGGAAAAGAAACAGAGUAACAGAUGAGGAAAAAAAACAGAAAAAAAAACACCUCACAGCUACGCCCGCACCACCACAACACCAAACACCACCACUUCCAUCAUCACCACCACCACCACCACCACCACCACCACUACCGCCACUACAACCACCACUACCACCACCACCAUCACCACUACCACCACCACCACCACCAUCACCAAACCAUCACAACUACCACCGCCAUCAUUACAGGAAACAGAAACAACACCAAUCAUCACAAUCGAUUAAUCAUUCAUUCAUUCAUUCAUUCAUUCAUUCAUUCAUUCAUUCAUUCAACCAAUCACCACUACCAAUACCGUCAUCCUCCGAUACGUUCUCUAAUUUUGUUCCCUAUCCCUUCCCUAUCCCUUUGAUGAUACGAUGAUGCGAUAUUAUUAUUACGGCGACGAUGACAAGAUGAUGAUGAUAAUAUGAUUAGCCAUUCACACACGAUGACACACACGCAUACAUAUACACGUGUACACACACACUCUCAUUAUACUACGACGACGACGACGACGACGACGAGAACUUUAUAGAGACCGCCCGAGAGAUCGAGUUAGAUCUGUACACACAUACA